AUGGUUCUUGGGAGCGAGUUCCCAGAGCCUAGCCGGCAACCAUCAGAAGACAUCAGCAAUUCCUCCAACCCUCUGUUGCCGACCUUGGCGGAUGAUGGCCCACCCCAAAAUGAUAGCCCAGCACCAGAAGCCCACUCAGUACUAACACGCCUAUACAUAUCUCACACACUCUCAACAUGGAACUCCCGCAUGUUUGAAUUCGGCGCCGUACUCUUCCUAGCUUCGAUCUUCCCGGGGACACUACUGUAUGCUUCGAUAUACGCUCUAGUGCGGGCGUUUUCAGCCGUCGCGCUGUCGUCGUGGCUGGGUGCGCAAGUUGAUCGCUCAGACCGGCUCGUUGCUGUGAGGCAUUCCAUUGUGUGGCAAAGAGUCCCUGUCGCGAUCUCAUGCUUAUGCUUUGUGGCCACUCUGUCUACAGACUCUUGGUCGCUUACAAUUGCCUUGUUCACCGUGCAGGGCUUACUGGCUUGUAUGGAGAAAUUGGCCGCUACGGCUAAUACGGUGGCUGUGGAACGGGACUGGGCAAUCGUGAUCUCGGAAAGUAUCAAUGUCCCUCGACAAGACUUGAACGCCUCUAUGAGACGAAUUGAUCUCUUCUGCAAGCUCCUAGCACCAGUAUUCAUCUCCUUGAUCGACAGCAUAUCAACCCCAUAUGCAAUUUGGACAGUGUUUACCAUGAAUACCGCAUCUGUGCUGGUCGAGUAUUUGGCCAUUGCUCAGGUCUACCAAUCAGUCCCGGCCUUGACCAAGACACAAGCUCCUACAACACAAGCAGAUGAUACAAAUGGCAAGAGCGAUACCCGCUGCUUGUCAAGCUCACUAGCGCCCUGGAAAGAGUACAUAGCAAGUCCCGUCUUCCUAGCAUCCUUUGCCCUGAGCCUGCUCUACCUAACAGUCCUAUCCUUUGGCGCAACAAUGGUAACAUACCUGUUGCACACGGGCUUCACCCCGUUGGAGGUCAGCUAUAUGCGCAUCGGCUCCGUGGUCGCCGAGCUAUCUGGGACAUGGACAGCGCCUAUGGUCAUGAACCGGAUUGGUCCGAUUCGCUCCGGGCUGUGGUUUCUGAAUUGGCAGUUUAUCUGCAUCGCUGCUGCCACCGUGGCUUUCGUUUUCUGGGACCCUAGCUCGCAGUUCGUAGCGGGUGCGCUGAUUACGGGCGUUGCUUUGAGUCGGAUUGGGCUUUGGGGAUUCGAUUUGUCGGUCCAGUUUCUCGUGCAGGAGAAUAUCCAGGAACAUGCCCGUGCCCGCUUCUCUGCUACUGAAAUGGCGCUGCAGAAUGUGUUCGAGAUGCUUUCUUUUGCCUCGACUAUUGCUUUCCCGCUGCCGGCCCAGUUCAGGUAUCCCGUGAUGAUCAGUUCUGGGGCUGUGGCGGUCGCUGCGAUCUGUUUUGCGACGUAUGUGCGCAAGGAACGGGGACACCUACUGCAUCGAUCACGCUGUAUGGGCGGAGAUAAAGUGUCAUAUCGAGCGAUUGGAUCUGGGUCGGUUUAG